AUGGAAGCCGGCGUUCCGUACGAACCUACUUUCCAUGGGUUCCAAGGCCCUGUAAACACAGGCUGGCCGAGAUUUGAGCUGGCUAGCAGAUAUCUUCCGGCACUCAAUGAGAGCUAUGCGAAGCUGGGAGUUCCUUGGAAUGCGGACCCGGCCGGAGGAGCUACAGGUGGCUUCGGUACAUACCCGUGGGAGAAAACACCAGGCAAUGACACAUAUCCAGAUGUAAGGGCAGAUGCUGGCAGAUCAUACUACUACCCUUAUCAGGACCGGGCGAAUCUCCAUAUGAUAUCUGGGACUACUGCAUUGAAUCUAUUAUGGGCGGCCGGAGAAGACGACGGUGUGGUGGCUAGUGCUGUGCAGGUCGUGAUAGACUCUGGGGAGACUCUGGUAAUUAAUGCGACUCAGGAGAUUAUCUUGGCCGCUGGAAGAUACAGGACGCCGGCUUUACUAGAACACUGGGGUCGGCAACCCGAGGAUACUAUCAAAAUUCGGGAUCAACACGACGAUAGACCUUCCCGGCGUUGGAGAGAACCUGUGAGGAAGUCCCCAACCCAUCUCGACGAACUCUACGGCUCCAACGCCUCGGACUUCACCGCCAGUAUCCAGGCCGCACUCCCAUCCUACGCCGCCGCCAUAGCCGCCCGCAAUAGCAACGCAACCAGCGAGCCCGACGUCCUCGAGUUCCUCCGCGUCCAGGCGCGCAUGCUCUUUAGCGCCGGCACCCCGGCCAUGGAGCUGCGCCACCUGAGCGGCGGGGGGCAACCUCAGCUGCGAGUUCUGGGGCACUAUGCCCUUUGCGAGGGGUAG